AUGACUGAAAUCGAAACCAUUGCGCAAGAGUUGAAAUCUUCCCUUAAGCAAUUUGAAAAUUUUCCUCAAGAAGGCAUUUUAUUUGAGGACUUUUUACCAAUUUUUGCGAAGCCCGAUCUUUUCAGAAAACUAGUUCAAGCAUUUCAGAUCCAUCUUGGAGACACCAAAAUCGACUACAUUGUGGGAUUAGAGAGUAGAGGGAUUCGUUCCCGUGAGAAAGCCUGGAAAGCUUCCGGGCCAACCUUGAGAGCAGAAUUCCAGAAGGAAUAUGGAAAAGAUUCUUUCGAAAUCCAAGAAGGGGUGCUUCCAAAAGGUUCCAAGGUUGUCAUUGUCGACGAUAUAUUAGCCACUGGUGGAAGCGCAAGUGCCGCAGGAGAACUUGUCAGCAAAGCAGGCGCAGAUGUUCUCGAAUAUCUUUUUGUCAUGGAAUUAGAGUUCUUAAAGGGACGCGACAUUUUGAAGAGCCCCUCCUUCACUUUGUUGUCAGGACAGAAGAAGUAG